GAAAAAAAAAAAUUCAUGACUUCGUCAACAACAACAACGACUAAUCUCAUCAUCUCCUUGAGAUAACAAAAAAACCGGAAUUCAGGCGACGCCACUUUGUGCUUGUAUCAGAAAUCAGAAACCUAUCGGAGUCGCAGCAGUGGCCUGAAAAUUCAGCCGGAGUUGAUCAUCGGCCGCCAAAAACCUUGACAAAGUCCGUCCAGAUUGUUUUGGGUUGAAAAUCUUAAGAGCAAGGAAUUCAGGAAGAUUGGAUAUGACGACUAGACGCGCUCGUUAUACCCCUCUUGCUACGGAUGAGGAUGAUUAUACUGGUGACCAGACUAGACCGUUUGAUCCUCGAUUUGAUUACGCGCCGAAAGCCUUGGAUAGAGUUCCCUGGAAAUCUAUUGCACUUGCACUCUUUCUGUUGUUUCUUGGUACUGGACUUUUGUUUCUUUCGUACUUUAUUUUCACCGGUCAUAUGGGGGGAGAACGGUCUCAAGCUUAUGGACUUUUGGCGUUGGGAUUUCUGAGCUUUCUUCCAGGCUUUUAUGAGACUCGUCUUGCAUAUUAUGCAUGGAGGGGUGCCAAAGGAUUUCGCUUUUCCGCCAUCCCUGAUUACUAGAACAGUUGAGUUAUACCCUCCAAACUCUCAGUCAAGUUCUGAUCUCAGUGCUACUUAUUUGUAUGUUAUACAUAGAUUAAAUUAAACUGUACAAUGGGGUUAGAAGGACAAUCUUAAAAUAUAGUUUGAAAUUGUUGCAUUAUGCGUUAUAUUUUGUUCCUUAAACUGUGCCUAUUUUAAUUAUGUGGAA